AUAUCUCCUUGAACAGCCGUAUGUUAUUGAACGACGCCAUCAUGCUGUUCGGAGGCAUCUCAAUCAUGGAGAUCGCUUAUCUCUGCAUUCAGUUCCACCGCAAGAGGAACGUUCCUCGCGAUGAGGCGACCAUUGAGUUGGCGGAGGACCCCACUAGCCAGUGAGGCCCUUUGUCAUGCCGAGGCCCUAGGGUGGGUGGGCGCUCCGCGGUGCUCCACGACCUGCAGUCAGUGGGCACAGAUGUGAUAUUGGUUUUAAAAUGUUGGCUUUGAUUUUAGCUUUGAUUUUAGCAUAUUUCUCCUGACGUGCACUAUUCAAACUAAUUGAUGAGCUGGUUUUAAAUAAAUAUCGACCACCAUG